CUAUAUAAAUUCCUUUACUCACUACACUUCAUGGCUUGACUUUGGUCUUUUCUCAUUCUCAGUCUGUAUAGUUGAUGCCUUCAGUCUUCAAUAUUGGGUAAGGCAAAAGAGUUUGCAUUUAGGAUGGGUAAAACAAUUGAGUUGUAUGGAUUUCCUAUUCCUGUUACAGCGGCUCAAGUGAAGAUAUUUGUAGAGAAUUUUACUGGUGAAGGAACUAUCCAAAAAUUGAAGGUAAGACAUGGCAAAGGUCGGGUUCCAAGAGCAUUCGCUAUUAUUCAAUUCACCACAGAAGAAUUUGCUACAUCUAUGAUGUCGAGGGCUAAUAACGUUUCAAGAGCAUUGCGGUAUGGAACCGCUUAUUUAAAAGCUCGGGUAAUGGAAAGAGAUAUUGAAAAGAUAAGUGAGAAUGUGACUAGUUUGGAAGGUGUGAAACUGUAUUUUGGCUGUCAGAUCUCUAAAGGAAGGUUUGCUGUUUUGGAGAGAAUGCAGAAUGUCAGUUUAAGUUUUGGGAGUGGAAAGAGAAAGGUGGAGUUGAAAUUUUCACGUGACUUUGUGCAAUACAAACUUCAGCUUUCAUACGAGAACAUUUGGAAGGUUGAGCUGCUUCGACCACGGGAUAAAACUGCACGUUAUCUCCUUGUUCAGUUACUUGGUGCUCCCCGGAUAUUUGAGAACGACCCAUUUACGUGCACUGAUGAAUAUGACAAUAUGUUUGAGGAUCCUUUGUACAACUACCACAAAGAUGUCCCUGAUGAGCAAUGGACAAGAACAACAGAUUUCACUACGGGUUGUUGUAUUGGGCAGUCCUCAGCCAUAUGUCUGGAGCUUCCUAGUGGCCAGAAUUUGCCAAAUUUCAAGGAUAUCUUUGCUUAUUACGAGCAAAGUGAGGGGCAAUACACAUUACAGGCAGGAGUUCCCUUUUCUCAAAAUGGGAGUCUUGUCCCCAUUGUUGCUCCUCGAGGUGUUGAAAUACCAUUUGACAUCUUGUUCAAAGUCAAUUCAUUGGUUCAGCACGUAUGUCUAACUGGACCUGCACUCGAUGAUGACUUCUAUCGCUUGGUUGAUCCGCGCAGAAUUCCCCUUGAUUUUAUUGAAAAUGCUUUGGAAAAAAUGUACUACUCUAAGGAAUUCUGUUAUGAUCCCACAAAGUGGUUGACUGAACAGUACAAAAGGUACCUUCAAUCAAAUUCAAAGAAAGGUCCUCGGUCCCCUGCAAUAUCUUUGGAUGCAGGGUUGGUGUAUGUUCGCAGGGUUCAGAUCACACCUUGCAAAGUUUACUUUUGUGGUCCAGAGAUUAACGUCUCAAAUCGUGUUCUCCGUCAUUUCCAUGAACAUUUAGAUAACUUUAUACGUGUUUCAUUUGUCGAUGAGGAGUUGGAUAAACUGUUUUCAACUGAUCUAUCAUCACGUGCACAGAACAAGAAAACUGACUUGUACACGAGAAUUCUUGACAUCCUUAAAAAUGGUAUAAUUAUUGGCAAUAAGAAGUUUGAAUUUCUAGCAUUUUCAUCAAGUCAGUUGCGGGAAAACUCUCUCUGGAUGUUUGCUCCUACAGGGACUGGAUGCACUGCCGAAUACAUACGGAAAUGGAUGGGAGAUUUUAGCCAGAUUAGGAAUAUUGCAAAAUAUUCUGCUAGGCUGGGACAAUCUUUUGGUUCAUCUACUGAAACUCUAAGCGUCCCUAGGCAUGAAAUUGGAAUUAUUCCGGAUGUUAAGAGGACUUCUGGUGGAAAGGAAUAUGUCUUCUCUGAUGGUAUUGGGAAAAUUUCUCUUGAAUUUGCAAAGAAAGUGGCUAAAAAAUGUGGCUAUGAUUGCACCCCAUCUGCCUUUCAGAUUCGUUACGGUGGUUACAAAGGAGUUGUAGCUGUUGAUCCAACAUCACAUUAUAAUUUAUCACUGAGGAAUAGCAUGCAGAAGUAUGAUUCAGAUAACACGAAGUUAGAUGUUUUGGGUCGUAGUAAGUUUCAGCCGUGUUAUCUGAAUCGACAGUUAAUUACUCUGUUAUCCACUCUUGGCAUCAGGGAUGAUGUUUUUGAGAAAAAACAAAGAGAAGCUGUGGAUCAACUGAACACUAUACUAACAGAUUCAUUGAAGGCACAGGAAGUUCUGGACUUGAUGUCUUCUGGGGAGAUCACCAAUGUUCUGAAGGAGAUGCUCAUUUGUGGCUACAAGCCUAAUGAGGAACCAUUCCUUUCAAUGAUGCUGCAAAUAUUUAGGGCGUCAAAACUGUUGGAAUUAAGACUCAAGUCCAGGAUCUUUAUUCCGAAAGGAAGAGCAAUGAUGGGAUGUCUAGAUGAAACUUGUACCUUGGAAUAUGGUCAAGUAUUUGUGCAGUUUUCUAGCAAUAGGCUGCAGAAUCUAUCUGAUGAUACUGAUUCCUAUGAUUUGCCAAAAAGUUAUAUGGUUAAUGGUAAGGUGGUAGUAGCAAAAAACCCUUGCUUGCACCCUGGUGAUGUGCGUGUUUUACAAGCUGUGGAUGUGCCAGCUUUGUACCACAUGGUGGACUGUGUAGUUUUCCCACAAAAAGGAAGAAGACCUCAUCCAAAUGAAUGUUCGGGAAGUGAUCUGGAUGGAGAUAUCUACUUUGUUUGUUGGGACCCUGAGUUGAUUCCUUCCCGCCAAAUCCCACCAAUGGACUAUACUCCUUCCCCAACUACAGAGCUGCAUAGAUGUGUGACAAUUGAGGAUGUUCAAGAGUACUUUACCAAUUACAUUGUGAAUGACAGUCUGGGAAUAAUUGCCAAUGCACACACUGUCUAUGCUGACAGACAACCAGGAAAAGCCAUGUCUGAAGAAUGUCUUAAGCUUGCAACGCUGUUUUCAACAGCAGUCGACUUUCCAAAAACUGGUGUUCCAGCUGUUAUUCCUCGUGAACUGUAUGUCAAAGAAUAUCCCGACUUCAUGGAGAAGUCUGACAAAGUCACCUAUAUAUCGCCUAAUGUAAUAGGAAAGCUCUAUAGGGAAGUUAUGAAAACAAUUUCAUCAAGUGAUGGUGGCUCUGUUUCAUCCUUCACCCUAGAGGUCGCGAGAAGGUCUUAUGACGCUGACAUGGAAGUUGAUGGCUUCAUGGAUUAUGUUGAUGAUGCUUUCUAUUACAAAACCAAUUAUGACUACAAGUUGGGAAAUCUCAUGGACUACUAUGGCAUCAAAACUGAAGCUGAAAUCCUCAGCGGUAAUAUCAUGAAACUGUCAAAAUCCUUCAACAAAAGGAGGGAUGCAGAAUCAAUCAAUAUGGCUGUGAGGUCCCUAAGGAAAGAGGCCCGGUCUUGGUUCAAUGAGGGUAGCAAUGGUGUGGAUUCUGGAAGUGGUGAUGAUGCAUAUGCAAAAGCUUCUGCUUGGUACCAUGUUACUUAUCAUCCUAGUUACUUGGGUUUGUACAACGAAGGAAUGAAGAGGGAUCAUUAUCUGAGUUUCCCAUGGUGUGUUUACCCUCAGCUUCUCCAAAUCAAGAAGGAGAAAGUCUCCAACAGAAUGUACUCUUCGGCAUACAGAUUGAGUGGGUUGCAUUUGAAUGGAUAACUCUGGACUCUGCAUUCCCUGUUUUCUACUUGGAUUUCUGGGGCACUGAUUACAACUAUGAGUGUUUGUUUCAUGGAAUAGAUGUAGAUAUUGCGUAAGUAUGAAGGACUUCCUUUGUGUAAAUGUGGCUUUUAAUGAUUUCGUUGCAGCAUCCUACAUUAAUCUUACACUUAUGUUAGUUGUAGAAAGAGUUAUGAGAAGCG